AGUCCUUCUACCAGGAGCCCAGUGGGUCCCAGCCACCGGGAACAGUCAGCGUGUUCCAGGAUUAACAACCUCCUCCUGUCCUUGGCAGAGACAAAUAAACCCCAGUAGCCUAAGUGUGGCUGUGGAGCAGUGAAAGACUCGGCUCCAGCCACCAUCGGGUUAAUGGAUCUGGCAUAACUAGGAAGCAAUGAGGGUCGGGUAUCCAAACCCCCAACUCCAAGCCCGGAGGCUGGGCUAUUCUGGGUCUAUGAAUACAUAUGCCUAUUUAUACCGCUGGGGUGGCCAGCUGCCUUCUGCUGCAGAGAAAUCCGCAGAGCUGCUGCCGCUGCCACUACCGAGCUGGGCUGACUGCAAUGUCCCGACAGCAACCGGAGCCUGGAAGGGGAAUUUGGCGACAAGCGAGAAGCCCCUGAAGAAGGCAGGCAAUCCCGAUGGGAUUUAGAGUCCCUUAGAUACCGGUAGGAUGAAACAGACUGACUGAUAUCCCCCAGGAGGUGAGGCUGGCGUCCUCAGGUUGGAGGGAUGGGGAGUACCAUGGACCCCCCAGGGGGUCCCUACCUGAACCUGGGAGCUGUGACUUCCCCAGUGGGCACCACCCGCCUGCUGCAGCUGGCAUUUGGCUGUACCACCUUCAGCCUCGUGGCACACCGGGGCGGCUUCGACGCCGCCUAUGGGACCUUCUGCAUGUCAGCCUGGUGUUUCUGCUUUGCCCUCACUGGUCUGGUGGUGGCCUUUGAGUUCACCCGACUCCAUGGCUGCCUGCAUCUCUCCUGGGGCAACUUCACCGCGGCCUUCGCCAUGCUGGCCACCCUUCUGUCUGCCACGGCCGCCAUUGUCUACCCCCUCUAUUUUACCAGGCUGGAGUGCCCCCCGGAGCCAGAAGGCUGCACCGCCCGAGACUUCCGCCUGGCCGCCAGUGUCUUUGCAACUUUAGUCUUUGUCACUUAUGCCACCGAAGUAGUCUUGACGAGGGCUCGGCCGGGCCAGGUCACCAGCUACAUGGCCACGGUGUCUGGCUUGCUGAAAAUCGUCCAGGCUUUUGUGGCCUGCAUCAUCUUUGGGGCCCUGGUCCACGACAGCCGCUAUGGGCGCUUUGUGGCCACUCAGUGGUGCGUGGGAGUGUACAGCGUGUGCUUUAUAGGCACUGUGGUGGUGGUCGGCCUGAGCGUGACCGGCCGGGCCGGGACCCUGGGCUUCCCUUUUGACCGAAUAGUGGUCGUGUACACAUUUCUAGCUGUGCUGCUUUACCUGAGUGCAGCUGUGAUCUGGCCUGUCUUCUGCUUUGACCCCAAGUAUGGGACUCCCUCAAGGCCCUCAGGAUGUCCUCAAGGAAGCUGUCCUUGGGAUAGCCAGCUGGUGGUGGCCAUCUUCACUUAUGUCAACUUUCUCUUUUAUGUUGCUGACCUGGCCUACUCGCAGAGGAUCCGCUUUGUGCCCAGUUUGUAGGACCAAGAGAGCGAAUGCCAUCUUCUGCCCACCUACCCACAGACACGAACACAUUCUCCAUUCUGGGCUUCCCUCUUCUCUCUUUAGAUCUACCGGAGGGAAAGAAAAAGUGUGUGGGGAAGGGAGAGCAGAGGGAGCAUGUCUGAGGAGGAGCUGCUGAGCCGCAGGGAGGACAGCAGACUUAGAGAAGAAAGGAGAUUGACAUUGGGAAGACCACAAUCAAAGAAUGGUUUAGGGAGAAAAGUCCAUGUGAAGUGUUUAGUAACCCAGGGAAAGGUGUGAUUCUAAAUGGGGAGGAAAGAGCCUUAUAUUGUCUAGCCAGAACAGGAAAAUUUGCCUAAAACCCAUUUGCCUCAAAAUUAUUUGCCUUAUGGUAUGAGCUCAGUAGAUGAGUAUAUAUAUAUAUAUAUAUAUAUAUAUAUAUAUAUAUAU